AUAUACGGCGCGUUUACUCGUAAAAACGCGCAGAACCCAACACAAUCGCGCACGCACGGGACUCAUCAUCGGUGAUAGAUCGUAAAUCGUUCAUUGAGUAUUCGGAAAUGUUGCUACCGACCGUGGUCCUCCUCACAAUCCUGGCGUUUGUGCGCGCGACGUCGGAUCCUUCGCUUCGCAUAUUGCCCGAUGAAAGUUUAGCGAAAUUGCAAUUCAACGCAAAUUUAGCAUCGGAAGCGGAUCUCGACACUGCACAACUGGUGGAUAAAUACGAAUAUCACUCUGAGGUACAUACAGUGGUCACCCAUGACGGUUAUAUUUUAACAAUGCAUCGGUUAAGAGGAAAAACAGUGACUUCCAGCAAUGAGCAAAAACCUGUUGCAUUGGUGAUGCACGGUUUAUUGGCCAGCUCCGCAGUGUGGGUGCUUUCUGGACCUGAAAAAAGUUUGGGAUUCGUUUUGUCGGACGCUGGGUACGACGUGUGGCUUGGCAAUGUACGUGGCAGUAUGUACUCCCGCAAACACAUAAACCCAUCGAUCGCAAAGAAGGAUUAUUGGAAUUUCAGUUGGCAUGAAAUCGGUACAAUCGAUCUCCCGGCGAUGAUAGAUUAUAUUCUGAAGACUACUGGCCGCGAGAAGCUGUUCUAUUUGGGGCACAGCCAAGGCACCACUAGCUUCUUCGUCAUGUCAACGCAGCUGCCCGAAUACCAGGACAAAAUCCACGCAAUGUUCGCCAUGGCUCCAGUGGCUUAUAGCUCCAGGAUGACGAGUCCUAUUUUCCAGUUGUUGGCGAGAUUCAUCACGCCGAUUGACUUAGUGGCAAAAUUAAUCGGGCAAUAUGAAUUCGAGCCUACGAGCGAAGGCAUGAAAAGAUUUCAGGAACUAAUAUGUGUGGAGGGCGCUAUCAUGCAACCAAUCUGCUCGAAUGUGCUUUUCCUAAUCGCUGGAUACGAUCGUGAUCAACUCAAUAAGACUCUUUUGCCGACAAUCUUGGGACACGUUCCCGCUGGUGCAAGUACAAAGCAAUUUGUACACUACGCGCAACUCAUCACGUCCGGCAAAUUCCAGCAGUUCGAUUAUGGAUUUUUCGGUAACUUAGGCAUCUACAAUAGUAUCUUUCCACCGAAAUAUGAUCUAAGUAAAAUCCGAGUGCCAAUUGCGCUACAUUACAGCUCCAACGACUGGUUAUCGGACGUCAGGGAUGUCGAUCAAUUAUACAACGAGUUAGGCAAGCCUUUCGCCAAAUUCCGAGUGCCGCAUGACGGAUUUAAUCACUUGGACUAUAUGUGGGCUAAGGACGUGAAUACGCUUUUGUACGACAAAAUACUGAGCUUAAUGACGCGCUUCAAGAAUUGAGCCGCAGCAUCCAUACAAUGGACCGAAAGCGAGGGCUAAAAGAAGCAAAGAUCAACAAAAGACUUGUUUUUUACAAAAGACUGAUUUUUGUACGGUGAUAGUGAAUGUAUCGAAAAAAAUGUUUCUACGUUACCGCUACGUUUUCGCUCAUUCGUUUACUCUAUUCCAAGAUGUUCACGAAUGCAUGUAUUGUUUAUACGAUUAUCGAGACAGUGCAAUUGUACAGUUCAAAUUUAAAGCGCGUCUUGAAAAUAACAUUGAAGCGAAUAUAGAAUGUAAUGAUCGAGUUGACUUCAAUGUUUGCGUGCUUAUAUCUACAUUCAGAUUGUAGUCGGUUUUUAUCUGCUAAAUUAAAUUUUUCGUCAAAUUUCUUAUUAAUCCUCGCAUAAUUAGAUACUUCUUCCUUAGAGAUAUUAUUAGCCAAAGAGAUCGCGACGGUAUUUAUAAUGAAUAAAUUAAUAGUUAUACUUUAUGUAACCGCGUUUUUGAAAAAAAAAAAUUUUAUUGCAAUAUCAAAUGCAAUCAAAUGAAGGUCUACUUAGAAGUAAAAGAGGCUAGAUAGAGGCUAGAUAGAGGCUAAUAUAAAUGUAAUAUAGAAUAACAGUUGUAUAAAUAAGUCGCGUCUCAGUACCAGUCUAAUAUUACCGAUGAUUUUUGUUAACCCGAUACUUAAUUUUUAGGAAUAAUUAGCGUAGACUUAAGACGUUGAAAAUACUUAAUAGUUCCUAAGUGGAAUUUUCUGUAGGAUACUUAUUCGUUAAUUUGUAAGUAACUCUAUAAACUGAUUAAUAUGUAAUUGUGUUUAAAUAAUGCAAUGAUAAAAAGUCAAAAUGCAGAUACUAAUAAAUAUAUCACGUUAUUAAUUA